AUGACGUCUGAAAAAGCAAGCAGGAAAGAUAAGAAUCAGAAUAUCCAAGUAUUUGUCAGAUUAAGGCCUCUGAACCAGCGUGAGCGGGACAUAAAAUCUCUGGGCGUAGUUGAAGUUGUUAAUGGAAGGGAGAUCCUGGUGCGACAGUCGCAGCAGACUUCCCACACCAAGAAGUUCACCUUCGACAGAGCUUUUGGACCUCAUGCUAAGCAGGUCGAGGUAUACCAGGAGGUGGUAAGCCCACUAAUUGAAGAGGUAUUAGCCGGGUACAACUGUACGGUGUUUGCAUAUGGCCAGACUGGCACCGGCAAGACCCAUACAAUGGUUGGUGAAAACACUGGAGAUGAGACCAACUGGCAAAGUGACCCGCUGGCCGGCAUCAUACCUCGCGCUCUAAGCCAGUUGUUUGACGAAUUGCGUCUCACCAACACUGAGUACACCGUUCGGGUGUCGUACCUCGAGCUGUACAAUGAGGAACUGUUCGACCUUCUGUCCAGCUGUGAGGACAACUCCAAGCUGCGUAUCUAUGAGGAUGUUACCAGGAAGGGCUCCAACAUUGUUAAUGGACUUGAGGAGAUCACAGUAUAUAACAAAAAUGAAGUUUACAAAAUCAUGGCACAAGGACAAGAGCGGAAGAGGGUCGCGUCUACUUUGAUGAACGCGCAGUCUAGUCGCUCGCAUACGGUCUUCACAAUCGUAGUUCACAUGAAGGAGAACAGCCCUGAAGGUGAAGAACUUGUGAAGAUUGGGAAACUCAAUCUGGUCGAUCUGGCUGGUUCAGAAAAUAUAAGCAAGGCUGGCUCGGACAACCCAGCCAGGAGAGAGAGGGCGAGGGAAUGUGUUAACAUUAACCAGUCGCUUUUGACCCUCGGUAGAGUCAUCACUGCAUUGGUGGAACGGCAUCCUCAUAUACCAUAUAGGGAGUCAAAACUGACUCGUAUCCUUCAGGAAUCGCUCGGUGGUCGCACGAAAACUUCCAUAAUAGCUACCAUUUCGCCCGGACACAAGGACCUGGAGGAAACUAUGAGUACGCUAGAGUACGCAAACAGAGCUAAGAAUAUUCAGAACAAACCAGAAAUAAACCAAAAGAUGACGAAGAAGGCUAUAUUAAAGGAGUAUGCUGAAGAAAUUGAUAGACUGAAGAGAGACUUGCAAGCUGCAAGAGACAAAAAUGGUGUCUAUCUUGCAAAUGAAACCUAUGCCGAGAUGACCCUACAGCAAGAAGAACAAAGGAAAGAGAUCCAAGAACUUCUGCUCAGGAAGAGGGCAUUAGAAGAAGAAAGAGACCGAAUGGAAUCGAUAUUCAGUGACCUGGGUCAGAAGUUGCAAGAGAGGGAGAGUGAACUCAACAUCACGAGAGAUAUACUGAACACUACAAAGACGAAGCUUGUUAAAACUAAUAAUGUGUUACAAACGACCAAGUUGCACUUUGAGGAGCAGAAGUACCUAGUGGAACGGCAAAUGGAAACCGAGAACACCCUGACUGUCCAGGCGAAGGAGAUCCUGGCGGCCGCUGACAUGGCCGCCACACAUGUUGAGUGUCUGCACGACAAUGUCGACAAGCGCAAAUCCGUGGAGACAACGAACCUCGAGAUCACAAAUGCGUACCGUGAGAUGUCUUCACAGCAUCGCGACAACAUUUCCGGUCGAGCGGACAAUUUUGUGGCCGCGCUAACUCGCACGCUGGGAGACAUGCAAACUGCUCUCGAAAAUCAUACUUCGGAGAGCCUGCAGUCCUAUGCCAACAGCAAAGACAAAUUAGAAGAAUUAGUUCGAAACGCUACAGAAACUAUAAACAUGAUGUCUGCACUAGAGAGCAAUCUGGGCACACAAAUAAACGGCAGCACAUCAGAGCAGCAGUCGCAAGUGCGCGCGACGCUGCAGGCGCACGGCGGAGAGCUGCACGCCGCGCUGCAGCAGACCGCCGACAGCACAGAUGCUGCGCUACACACUGUUGCAGCGCUGGAUCUGCAGGACGCUGUGCUUGCUUAUUUAGAACAAUGGCACUCGAGCGUGACGGAGAAACUGGGCGGUGUGCGAGCGAGCGCGAGUGAGUGGGAGCGCGGGGGGCGCGCGGCGGGGCAGCAGCGCGCGGACGCGGCGCGGCGCGUGCGUGCCGCGCGGCGCGAGCGCUGCCAGCGCACCGCGGCUGCAGUUCACGCACGUAUCGCUCUUAUAAUGGAAGACAAAGAACACGUUGAACAACAGCUAAUGGAGCAACUGGCAGAUGUCGAAAAAGAGAAAGCUGAUACGGAAUCGCGCUUAACAGAAUGGGCAGAAGAAGAAAGACGGCUUCUAGAAGAACGCAUCGCUAGUCACGUAACCAAAGAACGGACUGCCCUAGAAGAUAGACUAAAAAAGAGAAAAGAGAAAAUCGAGGAACAGAGAAGGCACUUCGAAGAGAGGAUUUCCCACGCGUUGGAAUGGCUUAAUGCAAUGCUGAGAGUGAACGAACAGGAGAACCAAGCGGCGGAGGAGGAUUUGAAUCACAAUAUGGAGGAUGUUCAAAAGUGUCUCCAAGAUAUUGACACCUUCAUACAGCAAUGUGACAAAGGAGUUAAUGCCGUAACGACCGACUUGAAUUCUUUGAGUGCAAAUGUUUUGAAUGUUGUCGGACAAAUUAAGAGUGAAAUGGUUGAUACCAUACAUCGGGCCAAAAAUAAGAUACAGAUGGAAAGCAAUGGUAUGAUAUCGUCUAACAAAGCAUUAUUGGAACAGUUGAUAGUUAGCAUGGACACAGCAUUGAAUGGAGUCGCACACAACUGCAAGCAGACAAUGAACAAAAUUGUACAUGAAGUGAAUGAAAACAGCACAUGCACCAUACAACAACUUUCUAGCCUCAGAUCGAAUACAGUGGAACUGCAAGCAUUGUCCCAGUCACACCUGAACACACAGAACGAAAACCUUACUGUAGCCCAGCGUGAAUUGGAGCAGUUCUACUCAAGUCUGCGGGAGGAAAUUAACCGACAGGCGGAAUUAGAAGGAAAAUGUUUGAAAGAGGAGUAUAGGAUAUACUCACCUACUGGUCGCACUCCGAUGCGCACGCAGUACCGCUACCCGCGGCGGCUGGCGGCCACGUCGCCGCACGACCGCGUGCUGGAGAGGUUCCGGGCCAUGCGCCGACACUCCAACGACGACGAUUGUAUUGUGGUGGAGUGCGAAGAGAGCCGCGCAAGUGACUCUGAGGGCUCGGGGUCGGACGACUCGGCCGUGGUGUUCACGGCGCCCUCCCCCCCGCCCUCUCACCCCACCAUCGUCAAAUGCACAUCCGAGACGGACAUCUACCUGCAACGGCGUCGUCAAGAGCAGCAGGGCAAAGAGAAUGUGAACCGUUCCGUGUCCUUCAAGAAGCCAUCGAAGCUCCCCGCACCAACUUCAAACAAGAAGCCCCUCGUAGAACGUAACAUGGACAAGUGA